GUAGGGGAGGUGUUUAUGUACAACCGUCAAGGCGGGUCUGAAUCUGCUAACUGUCAUACACUUGUGUUUCUGGUGGAGUGUGGAGCACAGAGUAGUUUCAAAAUGGCUGAUCAACUGACAGAGGAACAAAUCGCUGAAUUCAAAGAGGCGUUCUCAUUAUUCGACAAAGAUGGCGAUGGCACCAUCACCACCAAAGAACUUGGCACAGUCAUGCGUUCGCUGGGCCAGAACCCAACAGAGGCCGAGCUGCAGGACAUGAUCAAUGAGGUGGACGCUGACGGAAAUGGAACAAUAGACUUCCCAGAAUUUCUGACCAUGAUGGCGAGGAAGAUGAAGGACACCGACAGUGAAGAGGAAAUCAGAGAAGCCUUCCGUGUCUUUGACAAGGACGGUAACGGCUACAUCAGCGCUGCAGAGCUGCGUCAUGUCAUGACCAACCUGGGAGAGAAGCUGACAGACGAGGAGGUGGACGAGAUGAUCAGAGAAGCUGACAUUGACGGAGACGGCCAAGUCAACUAUGAGGAGUUUGUACAGAUGAUGACAGCGAAAUGAAGGCCUUGUACAGAACAUCUUGUAAAAAAAAAAUGACUUGCCUUUUCUUUGUUUUUAUUAUCUGUAAAAUGUCUCUGCCCCUGCCCACACCCCCAUGUCCAAAGGCUCUGCAUGGUUACUGCUCUAGGGUCUGAGUCCUCCUGCCCCCUCGUUCUGUUAUCCCAUCAGUGCUCAAAGACACCAAACCAGCUCUUCGCUGCACUUGGGCCUGCUGGCCGCCCAACUUUUUUGGGGGUCCUUCUGUUCACUCCUGCUUGCCCAGCCCAGGUUUGGGAGGCAGGUGGAAGGCAGGGGGGGCACGUCUGAUGGAGAGUUGGGUGUCUUGUGACUGUCGGCAUGUUUUCCUUUUUUUCCCCUCUUUUUUUUUUCCUUUUUUCUUCCCUAUCUGGAGGAACCUCUGCAUGGGCAAUGGACUACACAUAUAAACGGAAACAAGCUCUCAGCAUUGCAAUGCUGCAGUCAUACAUGAGUAAAAUACUAUUGGGUUUAUGGCCAAGUACUUGUACACUAAACUCCUUGUAUUUGUUGGUUUCUCCAGGUUAUUAUAAUGCUUUUUAAUUAGUCACCUUUCUUUUCUUUUUUUAUCAGCUUAUGGCGCAGCCAUGCCUCAAAGAAUCCAUUCCAAGUUGUAUAUUUGUUUUCCAAUAAAAUCAACAAUUAACCCAA